AUGUACAAGUCGGAUACAUGUUCGACUGAAUCUGCCACAAAUGCUUCUUCCUCGCAACAUCCUGAAAUAGAAACAACUUAUACGUCAAGCGACAUAUCAACGAGGGUCGUAAAGAAGAAGAAGAGUAGCACAAAGGCAUUAGUGAAGCGUCUACUAGGCGUUGUGGCUGAGUUAUCAUCUAAAGUAGAUCGUGUAUUACAUGAAAAAGAUGAGCCAAACAAACGGUUUGUAGAGGAGGGGGAGGAGGAGGAGGAGAUGAUAAAUGAAGAGGAUGAAGAACCAUAUUACCAUGAUACACAGUUCGACUAUGGUGGUUUGGAGGAGAAAGUUGUGCCUACACCUACGCAUGGUGAGCCGUCACAAGACGUGGGUGAACAUGACACAAAAAUAGUGACUCCUAUUGGUAGGCCGCAACGAAAGAGGGUUGUUGCAUCGUAUCAGCGGACUCCGUUCACAGUGAUGCAAUCGACAGCAAAAUUGAAGAAAAUCAGCAAGACAAGGAAGAAAAAAAUAGAGGAGAGUCCUAAAAAAACAAAUGAGGAUAUUAUCAAUGCAGAGAGUAGUGAUGUUUCAAACCAUCUCUUGUUGGACAAUAUUUAUACUAAUAGUCCGAUGAGUUUUUGGAAAGAAUGGAGUGUGCUCUCUUCCAAACUCAUCACUAAACAUAGGCUGCAUAUUUUCCCACUAGAUAUGGAUUUUUGA